AUGACAUCAACAAAUCAAGAAUCAUUUUAUUUACAUUCAUUUCAAAAUCGUCAUAAUAUUCAAAACUCAAUAAAUAAAUAUGAUACUAUUCGACGAUAUUCAAAUCCACGAACACGUGAGAAUCAUAUUGCCACAUAUAAAAGAAUUACACAUCCAGCAAUAUAUGUUAAAUUACCUACAAGUUCACAAAAUUAUUUUCAUAUACAUCAUCCAAUUUAUCUUGAAUCGUAUUCAAUUGAAACAUUACAAUGCAUUGUAAGAAAUUUACCAUUAAAUUCAGCGUACACAUAUCAAACAUGGACUGAAAAAUCUCAUUAUAUUCAAUAUAUUAAUGAGCAAUAUGCAAUGAAUUCAACAGAAUUUAAUAAAGCAGUAUUAACAAAAUGUGGAGUUUUAAUUGGAUAUCUUUAUCGACCCCUACAUGAAAAAGCUUUUACUGGAAGAGGUGAACAUAUAUUUACAUCAAAUGAUAUAGCACUAAAUAUGACACAUAGAAAUGAUUUUGAUCAAUUAUUUGUCAUUAUGUUAAAAACGAAUGGAAAUGAGGAAUUAGAUUUUGCCGAUGAAUCAUCACCAUUUAUCGUCUGUGCUGUUGGUAAUAUACGAAAAAUAACAUACGUUGAUGGAAUUUGUUAUGGUAAAGAUUCAUCAUGGAUUCGAUGGUCAGCCACAGCAGCAGGUGCAGAUGAGUAUGCGAAUUGGCUACAUUUGCAACUAAUAGAAAUAAGUGAUAUCUAUAAACAACGAUAUGAACAACGUCUUCGAUAUGAACCAGAUAACAAUCUACUGCAGUACCGUGGAAAUGAACUUUCGACAUUUGAUAAUAUUACUCAUAGAAAUACUUGUAAACAACGUUCACGAGCAAAUAUGACAACCAUGCAUAACAAUAAUUUAUCAGCUUUAAUCCAUGAAGAAAAAAAUUAUCAACGUUUCAAGAUCGAGCGACAAAGCACUAUUGAAAUCUUGACCUAUCUAUUUACGACUCCUCCUAAACCAGCUACAGCUGAAUUUAUUGCUCAGUUUCGCUUGAAGCAUGAACGUAAUAAACAGGUUGUAAAUAUGGAUAUGGUGAACAAACAAAUUAAGUGUACACCUUGUCGGGAAGAUCUACAACUCAAUGAGUUAUAUGUAAAUUGGCCAUGUCGUGGUACUCACUUAUUCCAUUAUGAAUGUAUGUUGGGAUUAUUAAGACAGAGCAAUAAAUGUCCAAAUUGUAGACACGAAGUCGAAGGUAUUCGGGCAAAAGUUUUGCAAACGGCAUUACAACAAUCUUUAUCUAGACGCCGACUUGUGUAA